AUGUCAUUUAUCCUUUCAUCUAGAACUGUCAAUGGUCUCAGAUGGUCGUUUAUUUUUAUUCUUUUAUUUUUAAUUAUCUAUGUGUCAGUCAGUCAAUUAUCAAAAGCAAGUUUAUAUGGUGUUGUUAAUAUAUUUACAGUUGAUUUUAAUGAUAAUUCAUAUGAAACACUUCAUACAAAUGAAAGUCAUAUGUUACUUGAGAAUUUUUUACAACGAGAAUUUGAAUUAUUAAGUAAUCAGUUAAAAAUACUUUUUGUACAAACAUCUGAAAAUGAAGAUAUUAUAUCACGACAUGCUUGUUCAAUUGAAUCAGCAGCACGAUUACAUCCAAAUGGUCUUAUAUUUAUAUUUAUGCGUAGUAAAUAUAUUCAUUUAAGAAAAGGUGCAUUUAAUCGUAUACGAUCAUAUACAAAUAUACGUUUUGUUCAUUUUAAUGAAUAUGAUAUUUAUGCCGGUACAACAUUAUCUCGAUUGAAUGAAACUAAACGUACACAAUUUAUUCAUUAUUUUGCUAUAUCACAUAUGAGUGAUUUUAUUCGUACAGCACUUUUAUAUAAAUAUGGUGGAAUUUAUUUUGAUCUUGAUGUAAUACCAUUGAAAACAUUUUCUUCAUUUAUUAAUACAGUUGCACUUGAAUCAAUCGAUGGUGUUAAUGUUGCUGUAUUAGCAUUUGAAAAACAACAUUUAGUAUUAGAUAUACAAAUGGAUAUACAAUUAAUGUUAGUUAAUAAACAAUUUAAUACUUUAUGUUGGAAUUGUGUUGGACCAUCAGCAUUAUCUGAUGCUUUAAAACGUGUUUGUGAUGAUAAAAUCUUACAUAUACAUUCAAAAGAGAAAUGUCAUGAUAUUGAUAUUCAACCAUCAUUUGUUUUCUAUCCUAUAAAUUAUCAUCAAAUUCCAACAUUUUUUCAUUAUUCAAAAUCUUCAAAUGAUAUUUAUGAUCUAUUAAAAAAUUCAAGUAUUUAUUCUAUACAUUAUUUUCAUCAUAUGACAAUGAAUUUACCUAUUGAAAAUUUCUCACCAUUUGUUCGUAUAGCACAAAUAUAUUGUCCAUUUGUUUAUGAACAAUUAAUUGAUCAAAAAGAAUUUCUAUUAGAAAAAACUAAAACAUCAAAAUAUUUUUUUACUAAUUUCAGUAUACUUUUAUUCGGUUUAAGUAUUUCAUUUUUAUCGAUUUUCAUACUUUUAUUAACCGGUAGUUUUUUAUCAUAUCUAACUUCAAUACGUCUUAUGUUAUUGGCAUUACAACAUAAAUUUAAUGUUCCUAUUUAA